AUGUGGUGUCUCACAGUGUUUCGGGACCUGGACAGGGGUGUGUGGUGUCUCACAGUGUGUCGGGACCUGGACAGGGGUGUGUGGGGUGUCACAGUGUGUCGGGACCCUGUCAGGGGUGUGUGGGGUCUCAAAGUGUGUCGGGACCUGGACAGGGGUGUGUGGGGUGUCACAGUGUGUCAGACUCUGUCAGGCGUGUGUGGGAUCUCACAGUGUGUCAGGACCCUUCAGUGUUAUGUGGUAUCUCACAGUGUGUCGGGACCUGGACAGGGGUGUGUGGGGUCUCAAAGUGUGUCAGGACCCUGUCAGGGGUGUGGGAUCUCACAAUGUAACUGUAUCCUUGGAGGUGUGAGUUGGGAUUCACAGUGCAUCCGGACCCUUCAGAGUUAUGUGCUGUCUCACAGUGUGUCGGGACCUGGACAGGGAUGUGUGGGGUCUCACAGUGUGUCAGGACCAUGUCAGGGAUGUGUGAGUUCUCACAGUGUGUCAGGACCCUGUCAGGGGUGUGUGGGGUCUCACAGUGCGUCAGGACCCUGUCAGGGGUGUGUGGGGUCUCACCGUGUGUCAGGAUCCCGUCAGGCAUGUGUGGGGUCUCACAGUGCGUCAGGACAAUGUCAGGGGUGUGUGGGGUCUCACAGUGAGUCAGGGCACUGUCAGGGGUGUGUGGGGUCUCACAGUGUGUCAGGACCCUGUCAGUGGUGUGUGGGGUCUCACAGUGUGUCAGGACCCUGUCAAGGGUGUGUGGGGUCUCACAGUGUGUCAGCACCCCGUCAGGGGAGUGUGUGGGUCUCACAAUGUGUCAGGACCCUGUCAGUGGUGUGUGGGGUCUCACAGUGUGUCAGGACACUUCCAGGAGUGUGUGGGAUUUCACAGUGCGUUCAGACCCUGGCAGGUGUGUGUUGCUUCUCAGUGUGUGUCAGGAACCUAAAAUGAGUUUGUGGGGCAUCACAGAGUGUCAGGACCCUGUCAGAGACGUGUGGGAUCUCACAGUGUGUCAGGCUCCUGACAUGGGUGUGUGGAAUCUCACAGUGUGUCAGGACCCUGCUAGGGGUGUGUGGGGUCUCAGAGAGUGUCAGGAUCCUGCUAGGGGUGUGUGGGGUCUCAGAAUGUGACUGUAUCCUGUCAGGUGUGUCUGGGGUCUCACAGUGUAUCAGGACCCUUCAGAAUUAUCUGCUGUCCCACAGUG